AUGGGCAGCGUCAACCUGGGCGGCAUCAGCAGCUCUCUCAACAUCGCCAAGGGGAAAGACCUAAUCAAAAAAUACAACGCCAUCAAAGACAGAGGCAAGCCGACGGAGGAAAAGUGCAGCUCCGAACGAAGCUUCUGCUCAAACUGCAGCACCAUGCUCUGGGUAUAUGAUAAGAGCUGGCCGGAGCUGAUCCAUCCGUUUGCGUCGGCCAUUGAUACAGAGCUGCCUGACCCAGAGGAGAUGGUGUGCAUACUAGCUGACUCCAAGCCGAAGUGGGCGCGGUGGCCGGAGGGGAAGAAGGUCGUGCAUAAGACGUAUGGAGAUAGCUUGGAAGACUGGCAUAGGAAGAACGGGAAGUACGUUGAGUAG